UCCCAAAACACCUCACAUCUAUAAAAAGCAGCAGCUCACCGGAUUCAUUCUCAUCACAUGCCCACAUAACUUUUCUCCUCUCUCCCAAAAGCGCUUCACGGAAAAGCACUUACCCAAAAAGCACAAGUUAACCACCAUGGCAAAAUCGCAAACACCUCACAUAGCAAUUCUCCCGACUCCAGGCAUGGGCCACCUCAUCCCACUCGCCGAGUUCGCCAAACGACUCGUCCACCUUCACAACUUCACCGUCACAUUCGUAGUCCCGUGCGACGGCCUUCCCACAAAAGCCCAAAAGUCUGUCCUCGAAGCCCUGCCAACCGCCAUCGACCAUGUCUUCCUCCCUCCAGUCUGCUUUGAUGACCUCCCACAAGGCUCCAAAAUCGAAACCAUAAUUUCCCUCACCGUCGCCCGAUCCCUCGCCUCCUUCCGCGAUGCCCUCAGCUCCUUGGCCUCCCGCGCGAAGCUUGUCGGGCUUGUCGUCGAUCUCUUCGGCACAGACGCCUUUGAUGUCGCCAAAGAAUUCAACCUCUCCAACUACAUUUUCUUCCCGUCCACGGCCAUGACCCUCUCUCUUUUCCUCUACUUGCCGAAGCUCCACGAAACGGUGUCGUGCGAGUAUCGAGAACUCUCCGACCCUGUCACGAUUCCCGGGUGCAUCCCAAUUCCCGGCAGCGAGUUGCUCGACCCGGUUCAGGACCGGAGAGACGAGGCCUACAAAUGGGUUCUUCAUCACACGAAACGGUACCGUUUGGCGGAUGGGAUUAUGGUGAAUAGCUUCACAGAGUUGGAGCCAGGUGCAUUGAAAGCUUUACAGGAGAAAGAACCAGGUAAGCCGCCCGUUUACCCGGUUGGACCGCUAGUUAAAAUGGACUUCGGUGGCGUUUUGGAUGACCAGUCAUCCAAGUGUCUGAAGUGGCUGGAUGAGCAGCCACGUGGCUCUGUACUGUAUGUUUCUUUCGGGAGUGGUGGGACCCUCUCUUUUGAUCAGAUCAAUGAGUUGGCUCUAGGGUUGGAAAUGAGUGGGCAAAGAUUUUUGUGGGUGGUGAGGAGUCCUAGUGACCAUGCUGCCAACACCGCUUAUUUUACCGUUCACAGCAAAAAUGACCCUUUGGAGUUUCUUCCCAAAGGGUUUCUAGAGAGUACCCAAGGGCGGGGUCUGGUGGUGCCUAAUUGGGCACCGCAGGCUCAUAUUCUAAGUCACGAGUCAAUAGGUGGGUUCUUGACCCAUUGCGGUUGGAAUUCUACAUUGGAGAGUGUCAUAAAUGGUGUACCUCUUAUUGCUUGGCCACUAUUUGCUGAACAAAAAAUGAAUGCUUUUAUGUUUACCAAAGAUCUAAAGGUGGCACUGCGACCCAAGCCCGAUGAACAUGGUUUGGUUGGAAGGGAGGAGAUCGCGAUGGUGGUUCAAGCUCUCAUGCAAGGCGAGGAAGGUAAGCGACUAAGAAACCGAAUGAAGGAACUAGAGGAUGCUGGUGCUAAAGCUCUUGGUGAGAAUGGGGCUUCCACAAAGGCACUAUCUGAAGCCAUCACAAAGUUGAAAACCCAAAUUCCAAAUUAAAAUGUGAUCUCAGUAUCUUCAGGCAUCCACCCACUUUACUUUUGUAUUUUCAGCUUUCCAGUGAUAUGGUCCAAAAGGGUGCAAUGAUGGUAUAAUAGUUGUUGGUUGACCGUAAAAUAUUAUGUAUUGAACGGCCACUUCGAUCC